AUGGAUGAUGUAAUCCAGGUAAUCUCCUCAACCGUCAACGCCCUCAUCGCCAGUUGGCAAUCGCACGACCACACAUCUACACGACUGCUCGCUAUGGCGCCAACCUCGGCUACGGAUCUCCUCACAAAGAGGCUCUAUUAUGACUGUGAUGCCGACGGCUAUUGCCGCUCGACCUGGAAUACCUGGGGCAGAUGGGUGGCUUUAGCGGUGAUCAUCGUGGUGUUUUUCCUCCUGGCACUCACGCUCUCGUGCUACAAUAGCCGCCGUCGCCGCCGUCGUGGCAUGGCCCCGAUGUAUGGUACCGGCUGGAUGGGAGGGAAACCUCCCACGGAUCAACAAUAUGGCAAUACGAACAACUACUAUCCGAACCAACCGUACUAUGGCGGCGCGCCGGCCCCUCCUUACAGCCCUCCGAUCCCCAACCAAACGACCGGGACGACAUUUGAUAGCAACCAUGGAUAUUAUGGAAAUCAGGGGAUCGAGCUACAGCCCCCUCAAAGCUCGUAUCAGCCUCAACGUGGUGGUGAUCCUGUCUACGAGGCACCCCAAGGGCCGCCCCCCCGGAAAGAAGGUGACAUCAUUCGGUGA